GAUUUUUUUUUUGGUCAAGUGCUUUUGGAUAUUUCUGUCAAGCUUCGUGCAAUCCGGAAGAGGAGAAAGAUGAAAGACCUCAAGAGAGAUGAGAUUCUUUUGCUGUUUGACGUGGAUGGUACUCUGACGGGGCCUAGAAUGAGGAUUGAGCCUCAGAUGGAGGAUUUUUUGUAUGAAACUGUUCUGCCAAAGGCGUCAGUUGGAGUGGUCAGUGGAUCGGAUUUGGAUAAAUUGUUUGAACAAAUCAGUGGACAGAGGAUCAAUCAACUGGAUUACGUAUUUCCAGAGAAUGGUCUUGUUCAGAUUGAACGUGGAAAGGAGACAGGGAGAGCAUCCCUGACGACACAUUUGGGCGAGGAAAAGAUUCAGGAUUUUGUCAAUUUCAACCUGAAACUCCUCUCAACCAUUAAACUGCCCGUAAAACGUGGCACAUUCAUCGAAUAUCGAAGUGGGAUGAUUAAUAUUUCGCCCAUUGGGAGGAAUUGUACGAGAGAAGAGAGAAAUGCCUUUGCGGAAUAUGACAAGGAACAUGGGAUUCGGAAGGGGAUGAUUGAGGUGCUAAAGAAGGAAUUUCACAAUGUUGAUCUAACGUACAGUAUUGGAGGUCAGAUAAGUUUUGAUGUUUUUCCCAAAGGAUGGGAUAAAUCCUACUGCCUUCAGCAUGUCGCUAGGAGGAAUUUCAAGGAGAUUCACUUCUUUGGGGAUAAAACCGAUCCAGGUGGCAAUGAUCAUGAAAUUUUUGCUGAUCCAAGAACAAUUGGGCACACAGUUUCGUCGCCGGACGAUACCAAGAGAAUCUUGAAAGAGCUCUUAGACGUUUAAUGUGAAUUUUUUUAUACAAAGAAUUCUCCCAAUAUAAAUGCACUUUAUCACA